UGUGCUGCCAGGAUUUGUGAACGCCCAUUCGCAUGCAUUCCACCGCCAUCUCCGGGGAAAAAGUGGAAUCGGUGGCAAAGCGGCGGACACCUUCUGGAAAUGGCGAGACAACAUGUACGCGCUCGUGGACGGCAUCACAACAGAGAAACUCUACGAGUACUGAUCUACACAUCAUUUCGCGAGAUGCUGGAAGCAGGUAUAACUACUGUAGGAGAGUUCCACUACGUACAUCACGGCACGGGCAAAUUUGAUUUGGACUCCACAGUUCUGAAAGCAGCACAGGACGCUGGAAUCCGGAUCACCCUCAUUCAGACAUUCUACGAACAUGCCAGCUUCGACAAGCCGCUACUGCAUCCUGUACAGGAGCGAUUUCGUGUUUCCAGUUAUAAGAGUGCUCUAUCGAUGACCUCUAACAAAUUGCUAACGUUUCAAAGCCACAACAGUCACAAUUGCGGUGUGGCAGCCCAUUCAGCACGAGCCGUUACUUUUGAUAACAUCAGAAAGCUGUACGAAUUUGCCGUAGAGAGAAAGCUCGCAUUCCACAUCCAUCUUGAAGAACAACCGAAAGAGAGAUUGAGGACUGCAUGCGAUUUCUCGGAGAGAAAAAGGUAUCACAUAGACAUUGGCCCGUCGGACGUCCUACUAGAGAAUCUCGAAAUUGGCGCUCUCUUCUCGGCUGUCCAUGCCACCUACACACCACUUCCAAACAUGAAGAAGUUCACACAGCUUGGCGCGAACGUAGUCGUGUGUCCAUGCACAGAAGGAUAUCUGGGAGAUGGUAUUCCGCAUGUGAUAGAUAAUCAACACAUUAGCUUUGGCACUGACUGCAACAAUCGCAUCAGCUUUCUCGAGGAAAUGCGAUGGGCUUGCUAUUCUCAGCAGAUGCGACACAACUCUCGCAGUGUGGGCGGUCUGUCAGCAGCCCGCUUGCUCCACCACGCUACCAUGGGAGGAGCUCGAUCCCUUUCUAUUGAUAACAUCACUGGAAGUAUAGAGAUCGGCAAACAACUGGACUUCGUCUCGUUCAAUCUGAACUCCCCCGUUCUAGCCGGCCUCAACUCUGAUACACUGAUCGACGGCAUCAUCUUCAGUUGCGGCAACAGAGAGAUCAGUAGAGUCGUUGUCGCAGGAGUCACUCGGUUUUUCAAGUGA